AUGGCACUGGCCAUUCUUCAGGACUGGUGCGGGUGGAUGGGUGUCAAUGCCCAGCGCUCACUGCUCAUCCUGGGCAUCCCCGAUGACUGUGAGGAAGAAGAGUUCCAGGAGGCUGUGCAGGCUGCCCUUAGACCCCUGGGCAGGUACCGAGUGCUUGGCAAGGUCUUCAGAAAGGAGAUAGGGGCAAAGGUCGCUUUGGUUGAAUUUGCUGAUAAUUUAAACCAAAGUUUGAUCCCCCAAGAAAUACCAAAUGAGAGGGGGCCCUGGACUGUGAUCUUCCUGCCUCGGGUGCCUGAUAUAGAGUUACAAGAUACAUUCAAUUUCCCUACACAGGCCCAUGGGCAAGCUUUUGAAGGGCCUUCAGGAGGGGCAGGGGUUUCAGGUAUGUCAGGGGCUGCAGUUGAGGAAGGAGAUAAAAAUGAGACAGGGGCUGAGGGUGAAGCAGGAGGAGCAGCUGAGGAUGAGGCAAGAGUGUCAGACGAGGAAGGAACCGGAAUGGUGGGUGAGGAAGGAGGAGCAGGUCCAGCUCCUGUCUCCUUCCUACAGGAGGAAGGAGCUGCAGCUGAGGCAAGAGUGUCGUUUGAGGAAGAGAUAGAGGAUGAGGAUGGAGCAGGUGAGGCAGAAAGAGUAGCUGAGGAAGAAGCUGAAGCUGAGGCAAGAGAAUCGGAUGAGGAAGGGUCAGAGGAUGAGGAAGGAGUUAUUUAUGAGGCAGGAGUAAUAGAUGAAGAAGCAAGACUUUCAGAUGAGGGGGCUAUGGAUGAGGAAGAUGAUGUAGUUGAGGCAGGGGCUGCAAGAAUAUCUGAUGAGGAAGGGGCUGGAGGUGACAUGGGAGUUGCAGGUGUUAUAGGAGCUAUAGGUUGGGCAGGAGCUGCAGGUGAGGUAGGAGCUGCAGGAGAAGGAGGUGUUUUAGAGGCAGGAGCAGGUGAUGAUGGGUCUGCAGGUGAAGAGGGGUCUGCAGGUGAUGAAGAGUCUGUGGGUGAUGAAGGGUCUGGGAGUGAUGAGGGGUCUGCAGGAGAUGAAGGAUCUGUGGAUGACGGAGGGGCUGUGGGUGAAGCAGGAGCUGUAGGUGAGGAUGAGGCAGGAGCUGCAGGUGAAGCAAGAAUGUCAGAUGAAGAGGGAGCUGCAGGUGACAUGGGAGUUGCAGGCAUUAUAGGAGCUGUGGGGUUGGCAGGAGCCGCAGGUGAGGCAGGAGGUUUAGGUGAAGAAGGGGCCUUUGACGUGGCAGGAGGAGCACAUGGGGCUGGAGCCUGGACCCAGCAGUGGAGCCAAGCCCUGCAGCCCAUCCUGGAAAAUAUGGCCUACCAGGAACUGAGACACUUCUCUGGUACAGAAGAGCCUGGCUGUGGGGGUCAGUCUUUUGAAAGCUGGCUGGACCAUGCCAAUGACAUGCUAUACUUGUGGCGCCACAUAUCUGAGAGGGAGAGGAGGCGGCGACUAGUGGAGAGCUUGGGGGGCCCUGCCCUGGAUAUGCUUUGUGAGCUUCUAGAAGAGCACCCAGACACCCCUGCACAGGACUGCCUGGCUGCACUGGUGCAGGUGUUUGGCAACAAGGAUACUGUGGUGACUGCGAGGCUGAAGUUCCUGACUUGCUCCCAGCGACCUCAGGAAACCCUCUUUGCCUAUGUGAUGCGCCUGGAAGGUCUGCUGCAGAUGGCCAUGGAGAAGGGGGCCAUCCAGCCUGCAAUGGUAGAUCAGGCAAGGGCGCGGCAGGUGCUGAUGAGGGCGCGGCCCAACCAGAUGUUGCAGAACAACCUGAGGAGGAUGCGGUUAGAGAGGAGGCCACCUGGCUUUCUGGGGCUGCUUAGGCUUGUCCGGGAGACUGAAGCAUGGGAGGCAGCUCUGGCUGAAAAUGCAGUGGUCCGAGUGGGGGAAGGGGUGGAAGUGCAUGGUGGAGAGCUGGAUGUGGCCCAGUCUUCCCUUGUGGGUGUUGGGGGUGUUGAGCCUGCCCCUGAUGUUAGAGAGGUCCUCCCAGCCAGUGAAGAUGCUGGCCAGGCUGUUGGUGCUGUGCUUGAGCAAGCUGCUGAGGAUCUUCCUUUUAGUGAUGAUGCCACAAAGGAAGGCCCUGACUCUGUUGAGGCCAAAAUCAUCUCUGUCACCCAGAGAGAUGAAAAUGUGUCGCCCCCUGCUGGCUCAGGCCAGGCAAGUCCCACUGAGGGCCCUGAUGUGCCUGAGAGCUUGGCCCUUGCAGGGGAGCAAGAAGCAGGGCAGUCUGUCCCAGAGGAAGAGUCAGAAGAUGAGAAUGGGGCAUGGGAAGCUAGUCACUCCAAAUCCUUCUUUGGCAAAUAG